AACUGUCCAGGCCGGCGCGCGUUUUAUCCACGGAGCAGCCGCACGGUGCACCGCUUGAUCCCAUCUCUACCCGAUAGAAGAAAACCAGGUGUGUUCUCCAGGGAGGCCUUCCUAUGCGGCAGAGAUCGUACCUGCCGGAAGAGUGGGGAGCUCAUAUAAGACACGAAGCCAAACGCCUCUCCCAGUGACCAGUCUCGACACGAAAACUCAUCAGCCUGAGCUUCUUCGGGUCUCGUUAAACAGUCGCUUUUCACAUUACGCCGUCACUUGCGGACGGUCGUCGAAGGAAACCAGAAAGACCGAAUCCCGGAUCGUACACGACGCAGAAACGCUACGAUAAACACCGAAUCGCUCGACUCCGAACCACGAGAACCGAGAUCGAGCCACGAGAUAAACUGAAUUAUUCGAUAUUAAUCGAGAUAGGAUUGGAACCGACUGCAAGGUAGAGGCUAGAUCCAACGAAGACCAGAGAGAGAGAGAGAGAGAGAGGUGUUCAUAAAGAAAUCGCCACUCGAACCUCCGUGCAACAGCUAUGGUGUCUUCGACGCAUCUUCAGCUUCUUCUGGUGUUCCUCGCUGCGCACGGCUCGCUCGGCCAGAAGCAGCAGCAGGAGGACCCCUGCCAGACGAAGUCCCGCGUGGUCGGCGACAUAGAGUACUGCGACCGUUACUGGGAAUGCGUGAACGGCCGCCCGGAGCUGUUCGACUGUCCGAACGGCCUCGUGUUCGCCGGCAAACACCGCGGCGUGACCGAGGGCUGCGACUACCCUUGGCGGGCGAAUUACUGCGACGGCAAGCGCCAGGCUAACCCGCCGAUCCCGGCGGACCACUGCGAUUGGCUCUACGGCAUAUUCGGCCACGAGACCUCCUGCACCAGGUACUGGACCUGCUGGAACGGCACCGCCACCGAGCAACUUUGCAUCGGCGGGCUUCUGUACAACGAACGAGCUAGGUCCUGCGACUGGCCCGAGAACGUGGAGGGAUGCCAGAAACAUCCUCUGUGCAACGACGACGCGAACGGCAACGUCCCGCUGGGCAAGUCCUGCAACCGUUACUGGCAAUGUCAAGGCGGCUACCCGCGGCUGCAGAGGUGCCCGGCGAUGCUGGUCUUCGACCGGAGGUCGCUGAGGUGCGUGGUCCCGCCCACGGAGGACUGCGACGUGCCGACGACACCGCCGAACCUCGAGGGCGACCUGCCGGAGGGCAGGAACGAGCAGGAGCCGGAAGAGGAGAACCUGCCGCCGGGCGUGCCGCCAUUGCCCGCCGGCGCGCUGCCGAUCCCCCUUCGACCCCGUCCCAGAAACUAAAUCCCCCCCGCUCGGUGUAGAUAGAAAUUAGAUCGAAGAACCAAUUCGAACUGACACUAGAACUACCGCAAGCGAAACUAUGAUGACAGCCAGCUCAGGCUACUUUGUUCAACAGUUAUCAGGGAAAUCGAGGGAACAGAUGGUGUCUAACUCCAUUGUUGGAAUCGAUUCGAUUCCUAUAAAGGGAAUCAGUUUUAAGCAGCCAUAUUGUUGGCUUCGUUAAUUGAACGUUUCGACGAUGGACGGUUGAAUACAAAUUAUUGGAUGAUACUGGGGAGACUUUAUAGCAUGAUUCUCGAUGCUUGCUACGAGUACUAAACUGAAUUUCGGUGAUCGGUAGUUCUAGUGUUAAGGGGGUCGGUCGCGACCCUGGAACCCAUGAGAUCGCUGCCAGAAUUCUCGACGCCCAGCGCGUCGGGAGAUCGUGUCUCGUGAGAGAAUGGUUGUUAACACGUUUCGCGCCUUUUAUUUCUUGGUUUCUAAGGGUACGAUCGUGGGAAGCGAUUCUUUGUGGUGAAGAUUGAAAGGGUGUAAUGUCUCGGUCUUCGAGAGAAUUUGCGAAGUCUGCCAUGCUCGUGUUCAUUUCGUUUAGGAGCCCUUGUCUUUAUCGGGUAGGAAGCUUCAGAAGAAAUUGUUAGAAUUGAUCGUCUCGAGAGCGGAAACCUGAAUCAACCGAUUUUAUUCUGCACUCUCGAUUUCUCCGGCAUAAAGAAUCGCUUUCCACGAGGUCGCGUUGCGCUUUCGGUCGCAAUUUGUAUGAAUGUGGUCGAGGAUGUCGAGCGAUUUUCACUGUUUGCAAUGGAAAAAGGAAAGGCAGAGAUGGAAACGAUCGGUUACGCGGAGCAGCGCGACUCGGGGAAUAUGUAAAUCCCGCGGGACCGGCGCGAAACCUGUUGAAUUAAGAUUCUUUUUUAUAUUCACCGCUUCGUUAUAGGAUUUUUUUGUAGUCGACGUGGUCGGAAGGAGCAGAUAUUAUUAUUCUAUAUUUUUCGUCUGUUUGUUCUCCUCCCUUUUCCCCCCGAUUCCCCCUUACCGAUCGGCGGGUUCGUCGAUCGUUUAUCGUGCACGUGCCGUAGGUUAAGAGGAUUCGAUCGUAUCGAGCACGUUUUAUCUUUUUCUUUGUUUAAACCGAUCCUCCGAUCACUGGACUGGGCAUCUUUACGCAUUCGCCGCGCGUCGAAAUUGAAACACGGAGAACGCGUGCAUUAACCGGUUCACUGUGCUCGACGAAUGUACUCGUCAUCUUGGAACAAGCGAUUCCUUCAACGAUUCAUUCGUUUUUCGAACAAAUGUAAUUCUUUAUCGUUUACUUGAAUCUUUUGGUUUGAAUGUGUGAGUCGCUCAGAAGUCAGUGCGAUUUAUUUUGGAAAACAUUGAGAAAGUUAGUAUUCUCUUGAGCUAUUUUUGGCUUAAAUAUUUUCUAAAGCUAUAAAAGAAAGGCUUUCUGAUAUAGAAUGAAACGAAGAAUCGAGUAAAUCCUUUGAUAGCUGAAAAGAAUAUUAUUCCAUUACAAUUUAGAAAAAUCAGAGAACCGAAAGAUCGACUUAAUCUUAAGCUACAAAAAGAAAGGCUUUCUGAUAUAGAAUAAAACAAAGAGUCGAGUAAACCCUUUAAUAACUGAAAAGAAUAUUAUUCCAUUAAAAUUUAGAAAAAUCAGAGAACCGAAAGAUCGACUUAACCUAAAGCUACAAAAAGAAAGGCUUUCUUAUAUAGAAUGAAACGAAGAAUCGAGUAAAUCUUUUAAUAACUGAAAAGAAUAUUAUUCCAUUAAAAUUUAGAAGAAUCAGAAAAUAUCAAAUUGACUGAACUUUUCGAGCGACUCAUACGAAACUGAAUUCCACAGUUGAAGCUGGUUAACCAAAAUUCAUGCUUCCAUUUGAUCGUCAGUUCGAGGAAUCUAGUCGGCGAGAUAAACUGACCGUUGCGAAUGAUCGUUGUCCGGGAGAUCCGCUUAAAGAUGCGCGGCCUAUUAAUCGUCCGCGAGGAUCGCUUAACCAGCAUCACCAUCUGUUCUAUAUCAUUCUUAUAGUCGAAAUGUAAAUACUAUUUUCGCCUUAGUCGUAAGACAGUUUACUAUACCGGGACGUUCGCACAUGUACGAUUGUAGUACUCGUUGAA